CCAAGCCGUCCCUGGUUGCAUACCAGGCGCUCGCGCAGAGGCGAGCAACCUCUUUCGGCAAGCGCGUUGAGGUAACGCGUAAGCCGUUGCUGACGGUCCCAAAAGACGUCAUGCUGGAUAGACCGCUGAAUGAGGCCAACAGCCCUUCCAGCGAGGCGACGAAAGAAGAGAAAUUCAAGAGAGCUUUCGGCAACCAAGGAGAAAUCCUUUGUGAAAAUGGGAAGUGGUAUCUAAGACGGUGUAACCAUGUACUUGGUACGAGCGUUCAAAACGGAGAUGUACAGUGGUUUAUCUUGAAAAUCAGAAAGGGAGUUGCCUUCAAAAAAGAGGUGCCGGCUCCUAACUUUGGGUGUUACUAUCAGCAUGGAGCUAUGAUUUGGUACAAAAAUAAGUCUGAACGAUGUGGUCUAGUUGAGAUCACUGGCCUUGAAGCAUCAAAAUUGAAAGGCAAAUCAGGUACUAGUUGCUAUGGAGGGACUCUACUCGGUGUUAUUCACGACAUCGACUAUGAUUAUUACGGUGCAGUCAUACAUACUUCUGACCCUGUAGAUGAAAUUCAGUAUCAUGUAGAUCAUUAUGACGACUGGGUCGAUAUUGAUAGGACUUUCGGUGAGGAAAAAGGAAAGAUAACGUACACUCUGUGUUCAGCAGCUGCGCUGACUUUCAUGUGCCUUCUUUCAAGUGCCUUGUCGUGCGAUGUGGUUAGCGAAGCUUACGGCACUUACUUAGUCAAUGAAAUCCAACAGCUUGAUUGGCCGACAGGCGAAGAAACGUGCAUGGUGCCCCCAUGCAUUGGUUGUCUCGAUUUGGAAUGUGGCGCUGGCUAUGAUCUAGCCACAUGGCAGUAUAUAUGCAAACAGGCCGACUCUUGCAUUGAAAAUGAGGCUUUAGUCAUGUUGUUUAGGUCAAAUUAUUCUGUCGAUUUGGAUUGUAUAUACGAUGUGCCACAGCCUCGCGCAAAGCGAGACACUAGUAGCAGCGAGGGAAUCCUUGUUAGAGUUUCAAAUAAAUUAGGUUUUGAUAUUUCUGCAGCUAAAGAUAGGGUUAUCAGUUUCAAGGACAAAGCAGUAGAGUACUCCAAGAAUUCGAUUGCAAUUAUUAUAGUAGUUUCAGUGCUCUGGAUUUCCCUUACAUUGCUGGGUGUUAGCCCGGUGGUGUCUAUGAUUUUCAUCUUCCUUUCUUUCUACAUUUCUAGCGUUCAAGGCGUCAAUAUUGCAAAAGAUAGGACGAAUUGUCGAGUGGAAUAUAAUAGAGCGGAUUUGAAUGUGCGCUCUAAGUGUGUAACCAACACUAGGCUUUUUAGUGGCGUUCUUUAUUGUAAUAAAACGGGUGUUCCGGGGUGCGGGUGGUACAUGACCUAUAGCACUUUUAGGCCCGACAUGAGGACGCGAGCCGUGACUUGUGUGUCUGAUGAUCAAAUGAGCUUCUGGGUAGAGCAGACACCAACACAAAAAUUUGUUAGGAGCUAUUGUGCUGCCAAUCCAGUUGACGUUGUUACCUUAGCUAAAAAAGUUGUAGAGUAUUAUUUUGGAUACUUGCAGGAGCCGACUGAGGCUCAUUUGAAACGGAUUAGCGACGAAUUUUCGACCAUUAUGACUAAUUUAGUGGGAACCAAAUAUUAUGAGUUACUAUAUAAAAUCGCGUGACAAUUUUCUCGCGUAUACACACUGCGGCGAACCCUCUUGCUGGGCGGCGCCAACACCCACCCCCUUGAAACCACGAGGGGUCGAAAACGAGAGGUUUCAAUUUAACUUCACCAGUUUUGUCACUGGGCGCUGCAUUACUGUCCCUCUUGUUCGGACAGUCGCAGAUCGAACCAAUCCAUCGGAACUAGUUCGAACAGCUUCAAUCUGUUGGCGCCGCCCAGCAAGAGGGUUCGCCGCAGUGUGUAUACGCGAGAAAAUUGUCACGCGAUUUUAUAAUUUCGAAUUCAGUAUUUUGUUUCCGUCUCAGCUGGAGUUUAUUGCAAGUUUAUUGCGCUAAAUUGAAUAUGGAGUAUAGUUAGGUGAUAUUUUGUGUUAAGUGUUAACAUAUUUUGAACCCCGCAGACUCAUAAACGGCAACAUGGAACUCAAGAGAGA